AUGAUUGUACGUACUGAAAUAAUUCAAGCAUCAAAUAGAAUUGAUAUGAUGUUACGUGCAUGGUUUUGUUGUCGCUCAAUUGUUAUUCAAACACGAAAUGGUCACAUGAAUGGAGUUCCAUUUAAUGCUCCAUUUAAAUUUGAUAUAUUUCUUCCAUCAAAUAUGUCUACUGAAUUACUUUUAUCAAUUACAAAUUUUAUGAAACUUGAAUCAACAUGUCGACCGAAUUUUGUUGUUUAA